AGUCUCCUCGCUGUCGACGACGAUGGCGACGACGACUUCGCUCGAGCUGCCCACUCUCGCGCUGCCGCACCCGCUCGUCCUUCUGCCCUCAGCGCGCGUCAUUGUACCCAUCACCGCUCCGGUUGCAGAAGCCCUCAUUCGUCUUGCUGACUCUGCCGCAGAGAAUGGACAGACUCCUGUGGUCGCUGCAGUACCCUUGCUUCCUCCUCAGCAGUCCAAGAAAAACUCGGAGAAGCUUCAGACUCCGAAGUUGAACGAAUGGGGCGUCGUUGCGCGAGUGGUCAGACUCGUCAGACCGCCGACGAGGUCGUCCUCUCAGCCUCACUUGCUUGCUCUCCAGGGUCUUUCCAGAGUCCGACUUUUGGAUGUUGAAGCUGCGUCGCCAUCUUUCUCGAAACGAGAUCCUAUACCGCUCUUGGCAUAUGAGCGUGCUUCCUUAUCGCCUCCAAACUCUGGCGCUUUGAUACGGACAGGGGGCGAUGGAUAUGGUGACGGUCAGGACGAUGGCGAGCGACCGUCGAAGGAGGAGUUCAUAUCAUUUAAGAAUGCAGCGUUGAGGAUGUUGGAAAGGCUGUCCCAGGAUACAACACAGAGUAGGAAGAGAGAGGCGUGGGUGAAGAUCAUGGGUCUUGUGGAGGAUCUGGAAGAGGAGAGGGCGGGCUGGAUGGCGGAUAUGUUGGUUAGUACGGCGGGCGUUGAGUAUGCGGAUAAGAUUGCACACCUCUCGACCCCCACAACUUCUACUCGAAUCAAACACGCUACAUCCCUCUUCAUCAAACUCACUUCCAUAUCCGAAGUCUCUACCAAGAUAGCCUCUGCAGUCGACGAAUCUUUGUCUAAACAACAGAAAGAGUUCUUCCUCCGCCAACAACUCGCUGCUAUACAAGCCGAACUCUCAGCUCUAAACCGCCCCUCACCUUCUCCAAACAACUCAUUUCAGAAUCCCAAUAACCGGACGUGGAAUAAGUCGUCGAGACCCGGUAACGCGGAUUGGCCCGAGAGAGUGGACGGGAGUGCGUCGACGAAUGAGGGGCAGGGGUCAGAGUUGGAUCGGGAAGGGCAAGAAGAGGACGAUAUGCUAGAUGUGAAGAGGAAGAUUGAGGCGAUGGAGGUGGGCAGUGAGGAGAGGAGGGUGGGCGUCAACGAGUGGAGGAGGUUGAAGAGAAUUCCGCAACAGAGCGCGGAGUAUGGGGUUGUGAGGAAUUAUCUGGAAUGGCUGACGUCCCUUCCGUGGCCCUCGUCCUCGCUCAUUGAAGCCUCAGAUUCGAGCCCCAGCUCAACUUCCUCGUCAACUCAAUCGCCACCGCCACAGUCCCUCCGCUCUCGCGCCUUCCUCACCAACGCUCAACGCCAACUCGACGCAGACCACUACGGCCUCGACCGCGUAAAGCGACGGCUGAUCGAGUAUCUGGCCGUGGUUAGGCUCAGAGAAAUGAUGGCUGCUGAAGAGGAAGCGAGGCAGAUCGAGGCAGAGGCCAAGGCAGAGGCAGAGAGAAUGGCGGAGGCAAAGGAAGUCGACGCAGCGGAACAGGCAGUUAUGGCAUCCAAAGAAAGAGAUGUAUCUCAAACUUUGGCUGGAGAACAAACACAGGUGGAAGGUCAACAUGAGAGAAUGCCGAAGUUGGCGGAGACAGUGAGGAGGAGAAAACCUAGGAGGGUCAAGGGACCAAUUCUUCUGUUCGUUGGUCCACCAGGAACUGGGAAGACCUCGCUUGGUCAGUCUAUCGCCAAGGCAUUGGGCAGGCCAUUCCAGAGGAUCGCUCUAGGAGGUGUGCGGGAUGAGGGUGAGAUUAGGGGUCAUAGGAGGACGUAUGUCGCUAGUGGGCCGGGGACGAUCGUGCAGGCUUUGAGGAAGGCUGGGAGGAGUGACUUGGUCUUGCUGUUGGACGAAGUUGACAAAGUCGGACAGUCGAAUUUCCACGGAGAUCCAUCGGCGGCAUUAUUGGAAGUGUUAGACCCAGAACAGAAUCACGCUUUCAAUGAUCACUAUAUCAACGUCCCCAUCGACCUCAGCCAGGUCCUUUUCAUCUGUACAGCGAAUACACUUGACACCAUCGCGGCCCCCCUCUUGGACAGAUGCGAGAUCAUUCAUCUAUCUGGCUACACAUAUGACGAGAAACUUCACAUCGCGCGCCGCUUCCUCCUUCCCAAGCAACUCUCCGUGAACGGUCUCACACCAGCGCAGUUAGACCUCUCCGAUCCUGCACUGCUGCAUAUUGUUUCGCAUUAUACCAGGGAGGCGGGUGUAAGGAGCUUGGAGAGGGCAAUCGGGAGUGUGGUCAGGUUCAAGGCAGUCGAGUGGGCCGAGUAUAUCGAUGCGGAUGCAUCUUCGUCAACCUCGUCGUCUUCGCAUGCAUCUCCAUCAAUGUCUCCCGCGUCAACAUCGACAGCAUCAGAUGGCAAUAACUCGAUCACGAAUACCGACCCUGUGCAGAAUGCACUCGUUAAGUAUAGACCUACGGUCGAGAUCGACGAGUUGGAGAAUAUACUGGGUAUUGCGAGGUGGGAUGAGGAGACGAUAGGCGAUCGAGAGCCGAGAAGAGGGGUUGUGUACGGGUUGGUUGUCACGGGUAUGGGAGAAGGAGAGAUCAUGCCUGUGGAGAGCAUCGCAGUUCCUGGGAAUGGAAAGCUGAAGUUGACGGGGUCGCUGGGAAAUGUUAUCAAGGAGAGCGGAGAGUUGGCGUUGAGCUGGGUGAAGACGCAUGCGUAUGAGCUGGGCGUGACGAGCAGUCGGACGCAGGACCCGUUGGUGACGAGACGGGGUGUUGAUGUUGCGAGCGGAGAGGAUACGAGUAAGAUCGAUAUUCAUUUGCAUCUGCCUGCUGGGGCGCAGAAGAAAGAUGGACCUAGUGCUGGGAUCGCGAUGACAUGCGCCUUCGUAUCACUAUUGACGGGUGCUUGUGUACCGCCCAAUGUCGCGAUGACCGGAGAGAUCACUCUUCGUGGACGCGUCACUCCUGUUGGUGGGAUCAAAGAGAAGGUUCUUGGUGCUCACCGUGCGGGUAUCACGACCGUUAUUCUUCCAUGGGCGAACCGCAAGGACGUCAAGCACGACGUACCUCAAGAGGUAAGAAAUGGCAUGACCUUCGUUUUUGCGAAGACGGUGAAAGAAGCGUUGGAAGCAGCGUUUGGGAAAGAUACGCUGGCGUGGAGGGGUGAAGAGGCGGUUUUGGUCGAAAGCCGUUUAUAAUGAUUUGGCAACCUUUCUGUAUGACGACGGGAAGAGGAAUGCGGGAGAGGUACCAAACCUGCGGCGAUGACUGGUCUACUGUGCGUCUUGGAUCGGAUUGUAUAUUACUGCUGCUCUGAUAUCUUAUGUGGAAAUAUUUGUACCAUGCCG